GCUCCCUCCCUUCCCAUUGGGCGAGGCGCGGCGGGAGCGGGAGGUUCGCUCUCCCGCCGCUCUGAGGUCCGGACGCCAGGGUCCCCCCGCGGGGGGCGGCCGGAGCCUAUGGAGCAACCUUCUCCGGUCCUUAUGGAGCGACAGCGGGAGCUGAAAGUCCUGCUGAAGCGGUGGGAGGCGGCCUUCCUCCGGGAGCGGCGGAGGAAGCCCAGCCAGGCCGACAUCCAAGCGGCUCCGGAGGAGACCAGACGGCUCUACAAGGAGUACAAGAUGCUCAAGCAGCAAAGCGAGGGGUCAGAUCCCUCCCAGCUGAGCCCUUCCUGCCAUCCAGCAGCCCAGGAGACCCCAACCACGGAGCAGGUGCCGGACUCCGGUUGUUGGGGAGCGCAUUUGAACCGGCAACCGAAAACCCCCGGCUUGAGCCGCCGCGGCCGCGCCGUGCCAAAAGCCUCGGCUCAGUACUACGGCAUGAAGCUGAAAUCCAACCUGGGAUCUGCUGGCAAGGAGACACCCCUGACCCCACGGAGGACCCCGAUUUCCAGGAAAACCCCGGCUCUCCCCAAAUUUCAGGCAAAUUUGGAAAGCGGUGACAAAUCUGUGGCGCCAGCAGAGGCUUUGCAGAGCGAGGGAGGCGAGCCAGGAGAUCUCCUCCUUCCUCCCUCGGUGUCAGGAAUAGCCCCCAUCAUCCUCUCUUCGGGGUUGAAGCCCCCCCUGCCACCGCCGAAUAAAUUCCAGCGUCUGAAGCGGACGGUGGCGCAGAGACUGGGCUCGCUGGAUCCCGCCUGGCUGCGGCGGUGCCAGGGGACGCCGGGGGACGAAGGGACGACACCAGAUGCCGGGGGAGAGAUCAGACAGACCCUUCCGGAGCGGGAGGAUGGCAGUGGGGGACUGUCGGUGGGAGAUUCCGGGAGGAAAAGGCCACGUGGUGAUGGAGACAGUGGAGAUGGAGAUGGUGGAGACGGCGUGGCAGCUCCUGCAAAGCUCAGACGGUGCCGCCGAGACUCGGCCGAGGGAGCGUUUCGCGCUGCCAGCGGGCUGAAGCAGAGCGAGGAGGAGGAGGAAGAGCAUGUGGCAGCCCAAAAGGAGAGCAAGAAGGUGUCGGAUCCCUCAGAAAACCUCCUGGGGGAGGUGGAGGAGGAGGAGGCGAAGCCCAGAUCCACCCGCAGAGCUGUUGUGGCCAGAGCACCUCCGCAGAGAGGCGGCAACUUCGUCAGGCUUAACCUGAAGAAGAAAUCUCACGUCCGAGGUCACGCCCUGCGGGGAAAUCGCCUUCGCAAGCAGGUGCGGAAGCAAAAGUGGCAGAAAAAAGCGGAGUGGUUCGGAGGAGGCGGCGGAUCCACCGACCGAAGCUCGGACGUCUGCUUCAGGUGCGGCGGGACGGGGCACUGGGCGUCAGCGUGCCGGGGCCAAGAGCCGGCUGCCGGCCUGCUGCCGGAGGAGAGCGGCCACGCCGGUGAAGAGGAGGAGGCUCCCCUGCCCACGCUGGAAGAAGUGGCUCGCAGGACCAACACCGUCUACCGAGAACUCUGCGAGAGCGGAGGUGGCGACCAGGCAAGAUCGGAGAAGCUUUCGGAAGCGACAACUUACCUGGAUGUGCAGAGGCCGGCGUAUGAGCCACCCACUCCCCCAGCGCCCGUGGAGCCCCUCUACAGCCCGGGGCCGGAGGGGAAGGUGCGAGAGACCCCGGAGGAGGUGUUUGAGGCUCUGAAGGCGUUGGGCUACAGCUCCUUCCGCCCAGGCCAGGAGGUGGCCGUCAUGAGGAUCCUCUCAGGUCUGUCCACGCUGGUGGUGUUAUCGACGGGGAUGGGGAAGUCCCUCUGCUACCAGCUCCCCGCUUACCUCUACCACAAGCGCUCCAAGUGCAUCACCUUGGUCAUUUCCCCGCUGGUGUCCCUGAUGGAUGACCAGGUCUCGGGGCUGCCGCCGUGCCUGAAGGCCGUCUGCAUCCACUCCAACAUGAGCAAAGCCCAGCGGGAAGCGGUGAUGGAGAAGGUGAGGCAGGGCGAGGUACAGGUGCUGCUUCUCUCCCCCGAAGCCCUGGUCGGCGGAAACGGAUUCGGAUCCAGCUGCCUGCCCUCCGCCGAUCGCCUGCCGGCCGUGGCCUUCGCCUGCAUCGACGAAGCUCACUGCGUCUCCGAGUGGUCCCACAAUUUCCGUCCCUGCUACCUGCGGCUCUGCCAGGUGCUCCGGGAUCGCCUGGGCGUGCGUUGCUUCCUGGGGCUGACGGCCACCGCCACCCUGACCACGGCGCGGGACGUGGCCCAACACCUCGGCGUCCCGGCGGAGGAAGGGAUAGCGGUUCGCUCCGCCGCCGUGCCCCCGAACCUGCGCCUCUCCGUCUCGAUGGAGCGCAACAGGGAUGAGGCCCUCAUCUCCCUGCUGCGGGGCGAGCGUUUCGGGUGCUUGGACUCCAUCAUCAUCUACUGCACGCGGCGGGAGGAGACGGCUCGCAUCGCGGCGCUCGUCCGCACCUGCCUCCAAGGAACGCCGCUCAGGGAACCCGCCGGAGCCGCGGAGCCGGAGCCGGCCGCUGCCAGGAGGAAGAAAGGCAAGGCAAAAAAAAGCGCCCGCCCCCCGCUGAAGUGGAUCGCGGACGCUUACCACGCCGGCCUGUCGGCGGCCGAACGCCGCCGCGUCCAGACCAGCUUCAUGAGCGGUCAGUUACGCGUGGUGGUGGCCACGGUGGCUUUCGGCAUGGGGCUGAAUAAAUCGGACGUCCGCGGCGUCGUGCAUUACAACAUGCCCAAGAAUUUUGAGAGUUACGUGCAGGAGAUCGGCCGAGCGGGGCGAGACGGUGAGCCGGCUCACUGCCAUCUCUUCUUGGACCCCGAGGGCCAGGAUCUCCACGAGCUGCGGCGCCACAUUUAUGGCGACACGGUGGAUUUUUACACCGUGAAGAAGCUGGUGCAGAAGGUUUUCUCUCCCUGCAAGUGCCUGGAGCUGCAUCAGAAACACCAGGACGUCGUCAGGGUCGGGGAGGUGGACGACGCCGAAAUGGCCGAGCUUUUGGAGGAGGAAGAGGAAGACGGCGGCGGCGUGACGAAGCAGAGCGGGCAGCGGGUGUGCUACAAGCACGAGCGGACCAUCCCCAUCCAACAAACCGUGGAGUCCUUGGACAUACGGGAGGAAGGGAUCGAGACCCUCCUGUGCUACCUGGAGCUGCACCCGCGGCGCUGGCUGGAGCUGCUGCCUCCCACCUACUCCUCCUGCCGCCUGCUGUGCUACGGGGGACCCCGGCAGCUCCGCGCUGCGGCACGGAGCUCUCCCGCCGUCGCCGUCUUCCUGGCCCGGGAGCGCCUGGCAGGGAGGGACCACAGCAACGCCAGCUCCUUGGAGUUCGACGUGGUCUCGCUGAGCGACUCCAUGGGUUGGGAGGUGACGCUGGUGAAACGCGCCCUGCGCCAGCUCCAGUGGGAUCCGCGCUUACGGCAAGACGGCCGCGGUGAGGGGAAAAGCGGGAUCCUGGUGGAGUUUGGAGAUCUGUCCUUCCACCUACGUGCCUACGGCGACCUCACCGACCAGGAGCUGGACUCCGUCUGCGACUUCCUCCACCGGAGGGUGGUGGCCAGGGAGAAGGCGGCUCUUGGCCAGCUCCGCGCCUGCUUCCAGGCUUUCCGGAGCGUGGCCUUCCAGACCUGCGGCCCUCACCCUGCGGAUGAGGAAGAGGAGAGGAGCUCCUCCCUGAAGGCUCUGCUCAGCGACUACUUUGAGAAGGAGCCCGCUGGCGAGCAGGCUGAGCGCAGCCACGAGGAGGAGGAGGAGGAGGAGGAAGAGGAAGAUCUCGGCGAUGCUAAAGUGAGAAAAUCCACUUUUAAUCUGCGGGACUGCGAGAGCCAGAUCCGCGCCGACAUCCGCCAUUUCCUCGCCAUCCGCCAGGACGAGAAGUUCUCCGGCAGAGCCGUCGCCAGGAUAUUUCACGGCAUCGGCAGCCCCUGUUUCCCCGCCCAAAUUUACGGCCGCGAUCGCCGGUUCUGGAGGAAAUAUCUCGCCUUUGACUUCCACCGCCUUGCCCGCCUGGCCACCGAGGAGAUCCUGGCCAGCAGGUGAGGGCGGGACGUCACCGCGACCCCCGGUGGUCGUGUCACCCCCCCGCCAGCUGUUGUCACCCCACCGAGGACCAGCUUGGGCCAAGUGUCGCCUCCGGCGGUGCUGCCGGCGCUGUGCCUUUCCCCGUGCCGGCAGGGAUUUUUAUCUGGACUUUAUAAAGAAUUAAUAAAGGCCGCUGACCUUUAACCCCCCCA